CUACUUUUAGGCUUUAAUGCCAUGAAAUAAAAUGUCUAAUAACCGAAGAAAAAGAAAUGAUAAAAUCAGUUAGUUAAAGAAGUUUAAAGCGGAAAGGUAUGAAAUACUUUUGUCUUAUAAAUUAUUUUCCAUUUAUGGUAAACAUCCAAAUGGUGAUUUCUUUUAAUUGCAAAGAAAUUUUGGGUGACGAAAAUGUAAAGUUUUUAGAGUGGGCUGCAAUGGAACCAUGUGUCGAUGAAGUUAAUAAUGAAGAAUUAUCUCAAAAUUUAAGUGAAAACAUUUGGAGAUUAGUUAAAUUGAAUUUUGUAAGCAUUGAACUUAUACCACCCAACGUUUAUCAGAAGCUGGGACAAGUUUUAACUUCAAUAUCAACAGAAGAAUUGCGUAAUGUGACAAUGGCUCGUUUCGAAACCGUGGAAGCAUUUGGUGCAAUACAACAUACGUUGAUUACAAUUGGUUUUAAAGAGGAACAGUUAAAAGUGCUUGCACAAAAACUUCGUAACGAAUGGAUAGGGAAGAAUCCGGAAACGUAUUCGGAGUACGAUUUAAUUGCAAUGGGUGAAAUUAUAUGCUAUUUGAAUACCACAGAUAUUGAUGCAAUACAUGCUGAUGCAUUUAAGGAAGCUGUUCAAUGGAUAGGACAACUAAAAAACUGUCCCCACGAUCGACUGGAGGCAUUUGCUAAACUCUCAAAGCAGAGUAAUUCCUUUGGAGACCCACAAAAUUGGUCUAAAUUAGAUGUAAUACUUUUAGGAAACGUUAUAAACGGUUUGACCAGUUCAGAUAUUGCCUUAAUUGAUAGCAAUAAACUAAACUUAAACCGGUAUUAUAUACAAAAUAGUAAC